AUGCCAGACAAAACUAAUAAACCCGAUGGUCAGGGUGAUGCCCAUCAUGUUACUGGUCUUCCGACAUCAGAAGUGGGAUCUGGAUCGUCAACGGGAGUUUCUGCUGAGCAGUUUAGUCUUCUGUUAGAAGCUCAAAAUCGAAAUCUUAUCGAGCUGAUGAAAGUCGUGACAAAGCCGCAGUCAAGUAUUAAGAAUAUCUCUCUACCAAAGUUCAACCCGGAAAAUUCGAGCGCAGAUCCUGUUGCUUGGUGCGCGACAGCAGAUAUGUGUUUAAGUGAACGUCCACUGGAAGGUAGUGCACUUAUUAUUGUGUUAAGUGAAGCUCUCCAGGGUACUGCAUCUCAAUGGCUAUCCCAAGUAUGUUUUCCGGGAAUAACUUGGACUCAAUUCAAAGAUUUUUUCCUGACAAGAUUUGGCGGCGUAGAAACAUCGGCAGCUACACUGAUAAAUCUUCAAAAUAGUCGCCCAAAAGAUGGUGAAUGUUUAGCUGCAUAUUCAAACCGUCUUUUGUCGUCACUCACAUCGAAGUGGAAAAAGUCAAAUAUAGAAGAAAUCGCUGUGUCAAUUGUGCUAGCUCAUGCUUCACAGUUUGAUAGCCGACUUCAGCGCUUAUCGUUCACUACCGACAUAAAAACUCAGUCUCAGUUGCAAAACGAGUUAAAAGCUUUUUCGUACUCCAGAAAAAGGUCGGCACCGAUGCAAGAAGACUGGAAAUCAUCUGAUACGAAACGACUGAAGCCGUCAACGCCAGUUAAGUGUUUUAAUUGUGGAAAAUCGGGGCACAAGAAAUCAGAAUGUCGUUCGAGGCCCGAGAUUAGAAAACACGAAUCAGUUCUCAACAACCAGAUUGUGAGUAAGACCACUACACCUUACAAGCCUGUUACCUGCUUCAAGUGCGGCGUGAGCGGUCAUAUUGCCUCAAAAUGCACAUCAUCGAUUGGAAACAAGAAUGCCAACAACAAUGAACGUCGUGUGGAUGUUUGCACUGUGGCAGCUCCAUCAGGAUCGUUGAGACACCUUGAUUCACUCGAGGACGCGUGAUCGUCAGGAUAGCCGUGUCGGAGAUGAAAGAAUAAAAUGGGGUUUUCCAAUGGGACGGGAAAUUCCUAACAGUCGAGACUAGUUUUUACAGUAACAAUUAAAU